AAUGUUGGUCUUGUGAUCACAGACAAGUGUAAAAGCAGGAGUAGGUACGAGUAUAAAGUCACUCAUUUUAAUCGUUUAAGAAUUUUUUAUUAAAUUUGUCAUCGCUUAAUAUCGACGGCAGACAUGGUGGAACGGGCGAAUAUUAAAGAAAUUAUUCCAGCAUUACCCGACGAGAAAAUUGAUAUGCUCGCCGCUACGAGUGCUCUGCAGCAGCAAGCAGCUGAAAUAAGAAAUCAAAGAAUUAAUUGGCAGUCAUAUCUACAAUCACUAAUGAUACCUAAAGAAGAUUAUGACUUUAUAGUAGCUUUUGAUACAAGCGAUCCUCAUGUUCGGGAAGAAAAAUUAAAGGAAAAUCCACAUCAAGCUGCAAAGACUUUUCUCAAUCUUCUUGAUCAUAUUUCAAAAGAACAAACAACACAAUACAUUCUUACAAUGAUAGAUGAUAUGCUGCAGGAAGAUCGUAGUCGUGUUGAAAUAUUUAGAGAACAUUCUUCACGUAAACGAGAGUCGAUUUGGGGACCAUUCCUUAAUUUAUUAAAUAGGCAAGAUGGUUUUAUAUUAAAUAUGACUUCUCGUAUUAUAGCUAAGUUAGCUUGUUGGAGUCAUGAAUUAAUGGAAAAAACUGAUCUCCAAUUUUAUCUAACUUGGCUAAAAGAUCAACUUAAACUGAGUUUUGAGGCUCUUCAGGAGACAGAUUUGCAUGCAGAAGUAACGCAGGAUAAUUCUAUGGAGGAGGCAGGGGAGGCCAAUGAACUGCACGAAUUACAUAAUCCGAAUAAUGAAUACAUUCAAUCCGUCGCACGAUGCCUUCAAAUGAUGUUACGUGUAGAUGAAUAUCGUUUUGCAUUUGUCUCUGUCGAUGGAAUUUCAACACUUUUGAGUGUCUUGUCUGGCAGAGUAAAUUUCCAAGUACAAUAUCAACUUAUUUUCUGUCUAUGGGUACUUACAUUUAAUCCAUUACUUGCAGAAAAAAUGAAUAAAUUUAAUGUUAUACCAAUUCUUGCGGAUAUAUUAAGUGAUUCUGUUAAAGAAAAAGUGACUCGAAUUAUUCUCGCAGUAUUUAGGAAUCUUAUAGAAAAAGUGGAGGAUGCCCAAGUAGCCAAGGAACACUGCAUUGCAAUGGUUCAAUAUAAAGUAUUGAAACAAUUAUCUAUUUUGGUACAACGUAAAUUCGAUGAUGAGGAUAUCACGGAUGAUAUAGAAUUUUUGAACGAUAAAUUAUUAGCAUCUGUACAAGACUUAAGUUCAUUUGAUGAAUACUCAACAGAAAUAAAAUCUGGUCGUCUCGAAUGGUCACCUGUUCAUAAAUCUGGAAAAUUCUGGCGGGAAAAUGCUAGUCGAUUGAACGAAAAAAAUUAUGAACUUUUACGCAUUUUAGUUCAUUUAUUGGAAACGAGUAAAGAACCUAUGGUUUUGAGUGUAGCUAGUUUUGAUAUAGGAGAGUAUGUGCGCCAUUAUCCACGAGGAAAACAUGUUAUUGAACAAUUGGGUGGUAAACAACGAGUAAUGCAAUUAUUGGGCCAUGAGGAUCCAAAUGUAAGAUAUGAGGCUCUUCUUGCUGUUCAAAAACUUAUGGUGCACAAUUGGGAAUAUUUAGGAAAACAAUUAGAAAAAGAACAAACUGGAGCAUCAGGAACUAAAUCUGGCGCACAAGUACCUGCUAAAGCUUAAUAUUUUGCAAUAGUGGGUAGCUAUUUAUCUUUUAGAUAAGCAAUCGUAUAAAUGCUUACAUAUUUUAUUAAGUAUUGAUAUUGUAUGGUUAUGUGAUAUAUAAUUUACUUAUCUGUAUAAAUCGAUAUCACUAUGUACUAAUAUUAUGUACAAACAGUUUAAUUUGCAACAAGACAAGAUAGUCCAUAAAAAAUGUUCUAUUGUCUUGUUAUUCCAUUAAAUCUGAUUCAUUACUUCCAUGUAUAAAUUAUUAAUGAAUCAGUUUUUAUGUACAUAUAUAAAAAUUCUUUAAAUGUAAAUGUUGUAUAGCCACAAAUAUUUAUAUGUGUGGUACGAUCGUAUUACUAGAAUAGUAUAUAACAGAUUUUUAAAAUUUAAGGAAUGUUAGAAAAAAUGAAAAUAUAUGCCAAUGUUAAAAUAUA